AUGAUAGAAAGUGAAAAUUUUAUGAAUGAAAUCGAUAAUUUAAUAAAUGAUUCUGAAGAAGAUAAAAUAAAUAAUGAUGAAUUACAAUUUUCAAUAGCUCCUGUGGAUAUACCAAGGAAUUUUAUAAAAGAUGCAAAAACAAAAAAUAGUAAAUUAUUUGAUUUUCAUAAAGGUACGACAACAUUAGCUUUUAAAUUCAAAGAAGGGAUAAUAGUUGCAGUAGAUUCAAGAGCUUCAAUGGGCUCUUUCAUAUCUUCACCAAAUGUUGAAAAAAUUAUAGAAAUAAAUAAAAACAUAUUAGGAACAAUGGCUGGAGGAGCAGCAGAUUGCCUAUAUUGGGAAAAAUAUUUAGGAAAAAUAAUUAAAAUAUAUGAAUUAAGAAAUAAUGAUAAAAUAUCAGUUAGAGCAGCUAGUACUAUAUUAAGUAAUAUUUUGUAUCAAUAUAAAGGAUAUGGUUUAUGUUGCGGAAUUAUUUUAAGUGGAUAUGAUCAUACUGGAUUUAAUAUGUUUUAUGUUGAUGAUUCAGGAAAAAAAGUCGAAGGAAAUUUAUUUAGUUGUGGAAGUGGUAGUACAUAUGCUUAUUCUAUUUUGGAUUCUUCUUAUGAUUAUAACUUGAACUUAGAACAAGCGGUAGAACUUGCAAGAAAUGCUAUUUAUCAUGCAACCUUUAGAGAUGGAGGAUCAGGAGGAAAAGUUAGAGUUUAUUAUAUUCAUAAAAGUGGAUAUGAUAAAAUUAUUGAAGGAGAAGAUGUUUUUGAUUUGCAUUAUCAUUACACAAAUCCAUUACAAAAAGAUCAAUAUGUAAUGUAA